UCAGUCAUUUGUUAGAACCUCUUCUUCAUACUUCAUAGUUAAAUUUUGCCUUUAAAAUGGAUCCCAGAGACAAAGAAAAAAUUCAGCAGAACUAUAAAGCCUUAAUUUCAAGCACAAAGUGGAACGCACAAUUAAGAUCGGAACUUGUGACUAGGAAAAUCUUUACUGAGAAGUUGUUCGCUCAAUUGAAGUUUGACCAAGAUCCGAACAUUGAAGCACUUUUUGCCAAGGUACAAAAGCGUGGACCAAGUGCUUUUCAAAACCUUGUGGAAGCCUUGAGGGAUUCUCAAAACCUUGCAAGUGCUCAAAUCUUGGACCCAACAAUCAGUCUUCAUGUUGACAUUCGGCUUUCAAAUAAUCUCUUAAAUCCUGGAAUUCCGGUGCAGCAUCCAAAAGACUUUGAUCAGCCCUUGGACAUACGGGUGAAAGUAACUGGAUUAAAUAUUUCACCAUUAAGAGAGGCCUACGAAAUGAGUUCCUUACCUAAAGGACAGUGUCUUAUUAUUGACAUUGAAGACUUUAAAAACGAUUUGCAUCCAAGGAGGAAGGGCAGUCAUGUAGAUUCAACAAAUUUGGCAGUCCUGUUCAGUCAACUUGGAUUCCAGGUGAAAGUGACAAGAAACUUGACUUACUCCAAAUUGAACGUGGAGAUUACCGAAUUCGCAAGCUCAGAAAAACAUGUAAAGGGAAGCAUGUGUAUUGUGAUCUUUCUUUCCCAUGGGACCAAUGACUACUUGUACACAGCUGACGGCAAGAAAAUAGAAAGAGAAUGGCUUCUCAAGCAAUUCAACAAUGAAUACUGUGAAUGGCUCCAAGGAAAACCCAAAUUCUUCAUGUUUCAAGCUUGCAGGGGAGAUGAUUUUGAUUAUGGAUCCAAGUCCAAAAAGGUCAAUACUGAUGAGACUGAUGCUGUUCCAAUAAAUAAUGAGUCUAACAACUUCAUUAAAACACCCUCUUGGGAAGACUACCUCAUUGCAAAUGCCACUAUUCCCGGAUAUGUGGCUCAUCGGAACACUCAACGAGGAUCAUGGUUUGUCGAGUGUGUUUGUCAGGUCUUUAUGGAACAUGCUCAUGACACUGAUAUUAGAGAUAUGCUGGACAAAGUUGGUUUGAAAAUGAGAAACAACUACGAGUCACGCUUUGGAACUUUUCAAACCUCCACCCAUGAAAGUCGACAUUUUUAUAAGAAGCUCUACUUUAACCCGACGGACUACGAAGGGACCAUUGAAUAUGUUAACGAUGUCAUCCAAAAAGAAAUUCAAGUUUAAUUCACUGAAUAUUGCUGCGAUUUACUCGAAUAUAAAGAAACAACCUACUUGGUCCACUCAGAA